AUGCUUGUCGCGGAGGAAAUCGGCCGUGAUCUAGACGUGUUCAACAACCUUUCCCACAAAGAUUCCAACAAGUUGUCAGUAAUUAAACGUGAUGCCUUUCUUCUCGUUCCUACUCUUCGAGAGCUCAGUGUCCGGUUCAAUCACCUCACACUAUCUGUGGAAUCCUUCCAUCCCGAUGCCCUGACUAGUGUCAAUGCCCUAGAAGUGUUAAAUCUCAUGCGAAACCCCAUUGGAAGGGUGCCUGCACACUACUUCUAUCCCAUGCGGAAGUCCCUACGUUCACUGGUGUUGGCUGGUGCUAACUCGGAUUUUCACAUAUCAACAGAAGCCUUGGAGGGCCUUUUUGCAUUGGAACUAUUAGAUCUUUCUUACAACAACCUCGAAUCGAUGCCAAGUAGCUUUAACGGGCUUUUCACUACAAUGCAACUGAAACAGCUUUACCUGUUUGGUAAUCCCUGGCGUUGUGACUGCGCGCUGCGGUGGCUACGCGAGUGGGCCGACAAGCACAAUACAACACAGCUUUUCAUCGAUCCACGGCAGGUCGAUGUGAAUGGCUACGUCAAUGAUCCUCUGUUACAAAUGGAACCAGCGCCAUUGGAGAACGCUGCGUUCCCCAAGUGUGCAUCACCGCCACGCCUGGCAGGACGCCCAUUAUUUCCCAUCCCCAGUGUACAAGCAAAUCCAAUUCACCCCUUCGAGAUGGCUUGCCCUCCACACCCAAAGCAGAGCCUAUUUACAGUUCACGGAAAGGUUGGUGAAAAUCUCACUCUAACGUGUGACUUUGAAGCCUCCUCCGUCGAUGAGGUGCUUUGGUACAAAAAUGGAAAUCCCCUCCCAGCAUCAUCGAGGAUUCGAGUGCGACAGGUCCAUCACGGUCAGGUCUCCGUUGAAUUACUUUUCUACAAAAUGCGUGAAUCUGACAUU